GGCUUGAUGUGAGAAGAACGGCUUUUUGCUUAGCGUCUCGAAGGGGAGCGAAACGGGAGCGAAAAUGGCAAAUCGGGCUGCCAACACAAUUGUGUCAUUCUCUUGAAAAAGAAAUGGAGAACAUCUCAAGCCGACUGGAUAAACUGACAAAGGAUUUUACGACGUAGUUGGAGUCUUGAGAGUUAAAGAAACUUCUCCGAGUUUUUCGCUAGUUUUAAAGGAGAAAGUGUCAGGAAAAACAGAAAAUACAAACACAGUCCAAGAGUGGCAGGACGGAGAGUUUUCAGAGGGCGUUUUUCUCUUUAGUGUGAGGAUGGAAAGCAUCAUCGCCAGAUUAUCAGUGGAUUUUUAAAAGAAGACAAUGUAUAUAAAAAUAUGCAAGAAUCACAGGAAACCCACAUAUCCAACCACCUAGAUGAAAUUGUUGCAGCUGUCAGCAUCACUCCAAGAAAGAAGAUCCAUAACAAGUUGCCUCAGACAGCGCUGUUCCAGCUUCCCCGAGAGAAACUCCACCUCUGUGAAGAGAAAGCAAAAUCCUACGCCAGUAGUCACGAUCAUAAACAGGCUAUCCAUGAGCUUGUGCGUUGUGUAGCACUGACAAGAAUUUGCUAUGGUGACUCACAUUGGAAACUAGCAGAGGCCCAUGUUAAUCUGGCUCAAGGCUACCUCCAGCUGAAAGGACUGUCACUGCAAGCAAAACAACAUGCAGAAAAAGCUAAAGAAAUCCUCAUCGCAUCCAUUGUGCCUCCUUAUAACGACGAUACAGAUGUUUUCAGGUGCUCUGUUGAGCUUUUCCACACCAUGGGGAGAGCCUGCCUCUCUCUCCAAAAAUUUAAAGAAGCUUCAGAAAAUUUGGGAAAAGCAGAGAGACUUUCAAAGGAGCUACUACAGUGUGAAAGAAUUAUAAAGGAAGAAUGGAUAGAAAUUCAAGCCCGGAUCAAAUUGUCAUUUGCACAGGUGUGUCAAGGUCAAAAGAAAUCAAAAGAAGCUUUACCCCACUAUCAAAAAGCUUUGGAAUAUGUUGAGAUUGGUAAAGGUGAAAAAAGUCUUGAGUGUGUACCAGUAUUGAGGGAAUUAGCAGGUGUAGAGCAAGCCCUGGGAUUCCACGAUGCAGCCAUCAACCAUUUCCUACAGGCACAUCUCAUCGUCCAGAGCAGAAGCCCCUCUCAAGAGGAGGCAGCGGACUCUGCAUACUUUGUCGCCCAUGCUGCCCUGACUUCUGGGUGGCCCAAGCACCAUGAUGUGGCUGAGCAGUACUUUCAAGAGAGCAUGGCUCAUCUUAAGGAUUCUGAAGGGCCAGGGAGAGCCAAAUUUUUUUCAAUUCAAGAUGAAUUUUGCCAGUUUCUACAGAUGACUGGACAAAAAGAGAGAGCAACCACAAUCCUGAAAGAGUCCCUGGAAGCCAAAGUGAGAGCAUUUGGAGAUUUCAGUCCCGAGGUGGCAGAGACAUACCAGUUCCUGAGUGGGGCAGACGUGGCACAGGGGAACUACAGCGGGGCCCACAGGAAACUGAGGAAGUGUCUUCAGAUUCAGACCCUCUUAUACGGAGCAAAGGACAAGAGGACUUUGGCCACCAAGCAGACUGUGGACAUCCUAUCUAAGGCCCCUGAGGUCACCAUGAAGCCAAGGCAGGCUGCAAAAGCCAAAGUAGCCUUCUGCACCGGGGUCCCUCAGCACACCAUUCUGGGGAAGGCCAGGCUCAACGCAGCAGACUGAGAUCCCACCCCCACCCCCAAAGAAAGCUGUGGGCAGGACAGGCCACUGUCAUUUAGGGUAUUAUACAAAUUUCUCUCCAAGAUGGAAUUCAACAGUUCAGGGUACAGAUUUUCACGGCCAACUGUUUGCUCCAACGUGCACAGUGACACCAUGAAACUCUGAUGGCCACAGGUGGGCAGUGGUUGCCCUUCAGGUGAUCUGGCACUUCUAUAAAACGUUUCUAUUUUUAAAAAUAAACCUAAGUGGUUCUUCUUGUCUGGCACUUCUAUAAAACGUUUCUAUUUUUAGAAAUAAACCUAAAUGGUUCUUCUUGUCAACAGGAAUUUUUACUCAUCAGAGCUCUACUGUGGCUGAAAGUCUUAUCUUCAAAAGUUGUACAGGAAAGAUUUGGCAUUCACUUGUACACAGAGUUCCUUGCAUAGGUCUGGGGUCAGAUUUGGAACAGUAAAACUCUGGAAAAAGCCCUUUCUUAUAGGAAGCUAAUAAGGAUUGAACAUAAAAUGAGAAUGAAAUGCUAAUAAAGGGAAACUUGAAAGUGCUAGUGUCAGUGUUUUCAAAAUGAAGCCUUGCUCGGAGCUCCCAGAAGCCUUCUCAGGGUCCUGGAGAUGGCUUCCUUCAUUUGUAUGUCCGGUCGCUCUUCACAGUUUUUCUUGGGCACUUAGGAUAUACCAGGUGUGUGCUAAGAACUGGGACACACAGUGGCCAUCCAGUGUGGCACUAAGUAUUGAAAGUAUGCUGGUGGCAUCGAUGGGUGUCAGUGGUAGCACCUCAGCCAAUAACCAAGUACAAUGGGGCAGGUGGCCACUGUUCCUGGCUUGGCCUUGGGGUCAGGCAAGGCAGGUGUAGGGGAGUGGGAAGAAAAGCAAGCAGGAGUGAGGCUGCCAAGACGGGAGGCUGCUGAGUGUUUUGCAUACCUCCCCUGUGGCCUCUACUCCAGGCAGGACAAACAUGUCCACCACCCUGGAGCUGCUUCUUGAGUUGGCACUGACCUGGGGUCCACAGUAGUCUUUAGCCUCCUGGCAGAUGGGCCACAGUUGUGUGAAGAUAGCAAAGUCAAGCAGGAAGCUUUGGGCACCUUUCUCCACACUGUCAACCAAGAGAUCCAAUGGUAGAAUGAGGUGGAUGGAGCACCCAGAGGGUGGGGGGUGCAGGUGUGGGCAAAGCCACCCUCUCCCCUACAUCCCAGGCACCAUGGCCAGUGAGGCUGCAGUAGGCUGGUGCUUAAAGAAGGCAGCAGACUGCAGCAUGAGGGCCUUUCCCCUCCAAGCCUCUGUGGGAAACCCAAACCACCCUGGGUCCAUUCAUAUAGGCUGUCACCUCAAGAAUCAAUGGAGGAAAUAAAGAUAUGACAGGAUGGGGAGAAACAAGGUCCCAUGUCUUCCUCAAGAGCCUGACACCUGACCAUGUAGACCAUCUCUGCUGUUACUCACCAGUCCCAGACCUGUGCCAUGAUGAUGAUAGACUACAGAAAAGGACUGGGAUAUGGUCACUACUCACCAAGUCUCCCAUAUAGUUGAAAAAAUAGGUGGCAUCUGUUGUGUACUGGAUGUUUGUGUCCCCACCCAAUUCAUGUUGAAGCCCUAAUACCCAAUGUGAUGGCAUUAGGAGGUGGAUCUCUGAUCUUUGCCUUUAUAAGAAACACGAGAGAAUCUGUCUGCACCCUCCACAGCAACAAGGCAGCUGUCUGCAAGCCAAGCAGAGACCUUUCACCAGGAGGAGAAUCUCUCGGCACUGAGACUUUCCAGCCUCCAGAACUGUGAGACAUUUGUCAUUUAAGCCACCUGGGCCAGUGUUUUUGUAUCACACAGUAGCCUAAACUAAGACUCUGUGGUGUGUUUUUUGAAACAAAUGUGAAUUCUGAUCUGUUCCUUUCUUUUUUUGAGACAAGAGUCUCAAUCACCCUGGGGUAUAGUGCCAAAGCGUAAUAGCUCACAGCAAACUCUUAGGCUCAAGUGAUUCUCUUGCCUCAGCCUCCUGAGUAACUGGGACUAAAGGCGCCCGCCACAACAGCCAGCUAUUUUUUACAGAUAGGAGUCACUCAGGCUGGUCUCAAACUCCUGAGCUGAAGCAAUCCGCCCACCUCAGCCUCCCAGAGUGCUGAAAUUACAGGCCUGAGCCACUACGCCCGGCUCCUUCUUCCUUUUCUGUAUUAUUUGGUAGGUUAUCUUAGAAUCACAGAAACUAAAAUACAUUUUUAAAAUUUAGUCCCGCACCCCCACCCCAGGAAAGGAUGAAUUUAGUACUGUUCCACCAAAUGUCUUCCAUCUAUUAAAUUUGUUAACUUUAACAAGAGAUGGAAAUUGCAGCUAUUCAUGUUUUUGUACUUUUUUGGUAAAAGACUAAAAGAUUAUAAACAGGUAAAGAUAUUUAGCUACUCCUUUGUCUCAACUUAAUUUUUCAAAGCACCUAAGAAAUGGCUGUGAUUAACAACCGUUU